UCACACACACAAGCGCACGCACACAGGCGCAGCUUUGCGCAUUAGAAAAAAAACCCAAAACAAAACAAAAUUCAGUGGCAGCUGAAUUCUUGAAUAUUUAUAAUUUAUCAACCACCAGAGACGGCCGGGAAUAACGAACGAAGACAGGAACCGAGGAAACUGCACAGAUCUUCGUUUGGUAUCAGGAUAAGUGUUUUAAAAAAAAAAAGCAACAAAAGGCGAAGGGCGAUUUGCGUCUCAAACUUUUGCGAAAGGGACGUCAAAAUAUUGCGGAUUCCCAGCCGCCCAACAAAUCCGUGAAUUCGCAAAAGGACGGCUACGCGAUGGUGGAGCCCAUUUUCGAAUAUCAAUUUCGACUGAUUUUAAUCGGCGACAGCACCGUGGGAAAGAGUUCUCUUCUCAAGUUCUUCACAGACGGCAAAUUUGCCGAGCUCUCCGAUCCCACAGUCGGCGUCGACUUCUUCGCCCGCCUCAUCGAGAUGAAGGACGGUACACAGAUAAAGCUUCAGCUUUGGGACACCGCCGGGCAGGAGCGCUUCCGUUCAAUCACGAAGUCCUACUACCGCAACUCGGUGGGUGUGCUGCUGGUGUACGACAUAUCGAACCACGCCAGCUUCGAGCACAUACCGCUGUGGAUGAUGGAGGCACAGCGUCACAUUGAGCCCCACCGCCCCGUUUUCGCGUUGGUCGGCUGCAAGCUGGACCUCAUCAACUCCGGCGGACAUCGCGAGGUGACCACCGAGGAGGCGCAAAAGUUUGCCAAGCAACAUGGUCUGCAUUUCGUUGAGACAUCGGCUCGAUCCGGGGCCAAUGUGGAGGAAGCCUUUCGCAUGGUCACCCAGGAGGUAUACGCCCGCAUUCGAUCCGGCGAAUACAAGGCCGAGGACGGCUGGGAUGGCAUCAAGUCCGGUUUCUCGCGGCCUAAUAGCCUGGACUUCAAUCUCGUGAUGGCCGAGCCGGAAAAGUCAUCCUGUUGUUGAUUACCCCCGCCACUGUCACAUCCAUCGCUUUCAAAAAUGUUUGUUUACAUUAACUUGUAUCGUACGUCCCCAUCCCCUCCCAAAAACGAACCCCUCUUUGUUGACUCUUUUAAUCUUGUUUAAUCAACUAGUUUAGCUGAAACACCAAAACAGUUACGUGUAUAUGUACAACUUGUUUUUUUGUAGUUACUUUUAGUUUUGCUCUUAAGUUAACGUUUAAUUAGGUGACUGACGGGAAUUAGCAAAGAUUGAAUUUGGCCCCUUCUUUCCAGAAUUAGUUUAUUUUCCUUUUAAUUGGUAACGAGUCACACCAGAAAUACGUAGCCGAGUUUCUGUGCUCCUAACUCAUACAACAUAUAACUCCACUUACACAAAUACGAACGGAAAAACUAUACAUAUACUUGAAACUUGAAAUAUAAACGUUUUUAUUAAUACAA